UAUUUAAACAUUGAAAAGUGUGUCUAUAGAACUAUAAAGAUGGAUACGUCAUGACUCUAGUUAGGGCCCAACCCAUUCAUUCUAUAACGGACUAUCAAAAAACUACGUAUCUUAAGCCCAUCCGUUAACGUGUGGGACGUAACAAAACAAAAAAUGAGAAUAAUAUAAAAGAAUUAAGUGAUUCGUACACCAGGCACUUUUCCCGCUUCAGCAAUGUUGUUAGUUCAACUGGUUACAUCAUUUGUUCUGAUAUGGACAUGUCAGGCUGGGGUGGCAUCGCACGAGCCUCAAACUUUACAGACAGCUUUAAAUCUCUUUGACUGGUUGAGCGGUGUUUCUAGCAACGCCGUCAUUUCCAAAAGUGUAGACGUUCAAUAUCAUGACAGAGCGGUCACAAAGUGUCCACCUAACGUCAUGUUUGUACUGGACGGCUCUGACAGUGUCUCGCCCAUUGGUUUUACAUAUUCCAAGUCAGCGCUGGUCAGAGAAAUCAGGAGUGUGACCCAAAUAUUUAGUGAUGUGCACAUCGGAGUUAUAUUGUUCGGAUCUGUAACAGAAGAAAUAGCUAUAGUGCCAAGGACACCCAAGGAAAUCGAGAGCCUCGUCGAUCAGGUCAACAAACUGAAUCAACCUAGGACCACAACAGCCUUUUCAUCGGCCUUGAGAAGAGCCAGGACACUUCUGUUGGCCCACAGUAACACUACCACAGCUUACAAUGGUGACCAGGAAGGAAAUAUUAUUGUCAUUUUAUCUGAUGGUAAAACCAAUAGUCAGAAUAAUUAUGACAUUAAAAGAGCAACCAUUCAGGAAGCUAAAAUGGCUCAAAAUGCUGAAAUGUUGAUCAUCAGUUUAUCUCCAGAAGAGGCUGAUUUACAAUUUUUACAAGAAAUCUCACAAGUUGUGCAGGAACAUAGAACUGCUAUCUUUUGGUCAUACUUGGUAGCGUGUCCUGCUCGUGUAAUUCCUUCUGUCUCCAAAGAUUCAGGUUGCCGAGACCUAAUGUUUGUCGUGGAUCUGUCAGACUCUAUGAUCAAGCAAAAAGAGAUUGUUAGACAAUAUUUGGCUUACAUUGCACUAAGAUACCGUCACGUGACUAACGCCGUUGGUGUUGUUAUGUAUAGUAGUGACCCGAGCGUACAGUUCAAUGACACAAGAAUUGAGUUAAUGGAAGACAAAUAUGCAUUGGCGGAUAAAAUAAGAAGCCAUCUUAAGUUUCCCAGCACUGGAGCUAUUAACUCAGACAAGGUUAUUUUGGAGUCCAUCAACAUAUUAGACCUUGAUGCACGUAGUAGGCCAAACACUCUGGUAUUCCUCACUGAUGGACCGCCUCUAGACAUCCAGGCUACUCGUCAGGCCUUUCAAAGUGCUCAACUUCGUGGCUACUCUGUCCUCAUCCUCCGAGUGGGUACAUCACUCAGUGAUACAGAUCUGAAUCAAAUGACUAGUGGACUAACAGGAGAUGUAUAUAGUGUAAAUAAUUUCACGGAGUUAUACCCCUUAGACCUUGAGAGAUCCACUUGUCAAACUGGAAACUGCAUGUCAAUAAGCACAGAAUGUGGGUCACCUUUUAAAUUUGACAAGACAACUUGUUCAUGUGUUUGUCCCAAUGAAUGUCCUAAUAACAAAAUACACAAUGCUAACUGCAGUUGUGUUUGUCCUAAUAAAUGUCCGACAGGCAGAGUACAGGACAUCAAUUGCAACUGUGUAUGUACUAACACAUGUCCUUUGGGCAAACAACAGGAUGCCUACUGCAACUGUGGAUGUCCUAAUAUAUGUCAGAAUGGCAGAGCUUUGGAUUCUAACUGCAACUGUGUAUGUCCUAGCACAUGUUCUUCGGGUAAACUGCAAGAUGCCAACUGCAACUGUGUAUGUCCUAAUACAUGUCCUUCGGGUAAAUUACAAGAUGCCAACUGCAACUGUGUAUGUCCUAAUACAUGUUCUUCGGGUAAAUUACAAGACGCCAACUGCAACUGUGUAUGUCCUAAUACAUGUCCUUCGGGUAAAUUACAAGACGCCAAUUGCAACUGUGUAUGUCCUAGCACAUGUUCUUCGGGUAAAUUACAAGACGCCAACUGCAACUGUGUAUGUCCUAAUACUUGUCCUUUAGGUAGGAAUAUGAAUUCCAACUGCAACUGUGUAUGUCCUAGCACAUGUUCUUCGGGUAAAUUACAAGACGCCAACUGCAACUGUGUAUGUCCUAAUACAUGUCCUUCGGGUAAAUUACAAGACGCCUACUGCAACUGUGUAUGUCCUAGCACAUGUUCUUCGGGUAAAUUACAAGACACCAACUGCAACUGUGUAUGUCCUAAUAAAUGUCCUUCAGGUAAAUUACAAGACGCCAAUUGCAACUGUGUAUGUCCUAAUACUUGUCCUUUAGGCAGGAAUAUGGAUUCCAACUGCAACUGUGUAUGUCCUAAUACAUGUCCUUCGGGUAAACUACAGGAUGCCAACUGCAACUGUGUAUGUCCUAAUACAUGUCCUUCGGGUAAACUACAGGAUGCCAACUGCAACUGUGUAUGUCCUAAUACAUGUCCUUCGGGUAAACUACAAGAUUCCAACUGCAACUGCGUAUGUCCUAAUACAUGUCCUUCGGGUAAACUACAAGAUUCCAACUGCAACUGUGUAUGUCCUAAUACAUGUCCUUCGGGUAAACUACAGGAUGCCAACUGCAACUGUGUAUGUCCUAAUACAUGUCCUUCGGGUAGACUACACGAUUCCAACUGCAAUUGUGCAUGUCUUAAUACAUGUCCUUCGGGUAAACUACAAGAUUCCAACUGCAACUGCGUAUGUCCUAAUACAUGUCCUUCGGGUAAACUACAAGAUUCCAACUGCAACUGUGUAUGUCCUAAUACAUGUCCUUCGGGUAAACUACAAGACGCCAACUGCAACUGUGUAUGUCCUAAUACAUGUCCUUCGGGUAAACUACAAGAUGCCAACUGCAACUGUAUAUGUCCUAAUGCCUGUGAAGUAGGCAAAAUACAAGACACAAACUGCAACUGUGUAUGUCCUUCUGAAUGUCCUACAGACAAGAAUAUAGAUUCUAACUGCAACUGUGUAUGUCCUAAAACAUGUCCACCUGGCCAGGUCUUAAGUAACAGCUGUCAGUGCAAGUGUAUUGAUACGCAGCAGUCACCACAUGAGCGAUGUGGCUGUGUGCCAGUGUGUCAAGGUCCUUAUGUUUACAAUUACAACACAUGCUCAUGUGUAUUUCCAUCGAAAGUAUGCAGCCAAUCAGAAUACAGCUGUCAGAACAAUCAAGUGGCUUAUAGAAACUCUGAUGACCAAUGUGUAUGCAGCUGUAGCUCAGGUUUUGCUGGGCCCAGAUGUGACAUUGUUCUCAAAUCUGAUUUGUGUGACAACUGUUAUUAUGACAAUGGCAAUUACUAUGCUGGUCUCCCAGGACACUGUGACAUGUAUGUCAACUGUAUACCCAACGGCAACUACUCCAAUCAAUCGAGACCCACUUCAUUCACACCCAGAGUCAUGUCUUGUCCACCUGGUACUUACUACAUUACCAGACCUGAUGGAUGGAAGGGCUGUGAUUUCUUGACCAAUGGAGUCUGUUUUGCUGACUUAUGCCGUACUUUGCCACCAUUUUCCAAGUAUUCUGACCCGACUGCCUGCCAGAUAUAUUGGCAGUGUACGGUAGACAAAGUUGUGCCGAGCAAAGGCUGCUGUGAAGCUGGACAAGCCUUUGAUGAGAAACGUCAAACAUGUGUGACCAACAAGACUUGUAGUGGCACAUGUUCUCUAACAGAGAAUUCUUACAAUUUUUGUCCAUAUGAUGUGACACCCUACAAUCCAAAUGAAUUCUUUUACAAGUCAGUGCCUUGGGCCAAACUCAUAUGUUUACCUGGUUUCGUGAUGGACCUGUCAGUGUGUCGAUGUGUCUCUAUGCCUUAUCCAUCUAGAGUGGCAGGAUGUGAACCUACGGUGGACAUAGACUUUGAAAUCUCAACAGACAAUGAAGAAGAUCAAGUUCCAAGAGUUAUCGUACCUGCAGUAGGAAGAGUCGGCAACUUUUCAGGAAACCAGGAUCUAACCCUGAAAAUGUUUGCUGGUUCUGGAUUCUAUACCAACUACUUCCAAAUCAACUUGAAACUCUAUCUACCUAAUGUACCUACAGGAGCUCAAAGGAUGGCAGUAGUCACUAAUGCUGAUUGCAACAAAAGAGAGUCUGUUUCUAUCACGCUAGACAACAAAAACUUGUAUUUCAAGAUUUAUCAAUCAGAGUUAGAUCAAGCUGCUGAAGUUACUCUCCCAUACUCUGGGGCUGCAGAUGGUAAUGGAUGGUACAGCAUUAUUCUUAUCUAUAAGAAAGUGGACUCCAAUGUUUUUGAACUCACAGGUCAAGUUGGAAACAUUACCCAAACCUAUGGGGGGAGCCUGAGAGCUUAUAUUGCUACAAGAAACUGUGCUCUCCAUCUUGGCUAUGGCUUCAAUUAUACAAGUUUAGUUGGCUAUACAGAUAAUUUUCAAGUGUGGAGAUGUAAUCCGAACAACAACCUAGAGUAGCAGGUCCAGUACACAGUGUAAUUCAUUGGACUCUAUUUCUUUGUGUUUUGUAUAUUUGGUAUAUUUGUCAAAUAAAGUUGAUGCAGUCAUCUGA